AUGUCUGACCAGGAGGCCAAACCUUCAACUGAGGACUUGGGAGAUAAGAAGGAAGGAGGAUACAUUAAACUCCAAGUUAUCGGACAAGAUAGCAGCGGGGUUCACUUCAAAGUGAAAAUGACAACACAUCUCAAGAAACUCAGAGAAACAUACUGUCAAAGACAGAGAGUUCCAAUGAAUUCACUCAGGUUUCUCUUUGAAGGUCAGAGAAUUGCUGAUAAUCAUACUCCAAAAGAACUGGUAAUGGAGGAAGAAGAUGUGAUUGAAAUUUAUCAGGAACUAACGGGG